CGCGAAUGUCGUCGUGGAUUCUGUCGCCGGAUCGGGGAAAACCACCUGCAACCUGUUCUUGGCCACGCAGUUUGUGAAGUUGAACAAGAAGAUUCUCCUGCUGACCUACAACGCAAAGUUGAAAGUGGAAACGCGCACGAAGAUCGACAAGAUGGGGCUGGGCAAAACGGUGGAGUGCCACACCUACCAUUCCUUCGCUGUGAAGUACUACGAGGACAAGGCCUUUCGG